UGUGCCGCUGGCAUUUGUUCUCUGGGACCAGCAGGUGCCCACGCUCCUGCUCCGGUGUACCUGAGAUACAUAGGCAGACACGUCUGCAGUGGGGCAUUUGUUUCAUUUUUGUGUUCCUGGUUUUCCAUUGACACGAUGCCUUCCAUUUUUCGUUCUGACGAGCUGAUUUUUUUUGUGAAUGGAAGAAAGGUCAUAGAGAAGAAUCCUGAUCCCGAAAGGAAUCUACUGUUCUACGUGAGGAGAGUCCUCCAUCUCAGAGGCACUAAAUAUGGCUGUGGGGGAGGUGGCUGCGGUGCCUGUACAGUGAUGGUGUCAAGAUAUGACCCCAAGAGCAAGAAGAUCCACCACUACCCAGCAACAGCAUGCCUGGUGCCCAUCUGCUCUCUCCAUGGGGCAGCCAUUACCACAGUGGAAGGUGUGGGGAGCAUCAAGAAGAGGAUUCACCCUGUGCAAGAACGGCUGGCCAAGUGUCAUGGCACACAGUGUGGAUUCUGCAGCCCUGGCAUGGUGAUGUCCAUCUACAUUCUGCUCAGGAACCACCCAGAGCCCACACCCGAUCAGAUCACUGAGGCGCUUGGAGGUAACUUGUGCCGAUGUACUGGGUACCGUCCAAUUGUAGAAAGUGGGAAAACGUUCUCGUCGGGACCUACUGUUUGCCAAAUGAAAGGUUCUGGAAAAUGCUGCAUGGAUCUAGAGGAAAAGUCUUUUGUUAGCAGAGAGGAAAAAAUGUGUACUAAAUUGUAUAAUGAAGAUGAGUUCCAGCCCUUGGACCCAUCACAGGAACCUAUAUUUCCUCCUGAACUGAUCAGAAUGGCCGAGGACCCACAUAAGAGGAGGCUGACAUUUCAAGGGGCCAGGACCACCUGGUUCAUGCCUGUGACCUUGGAGGAUCUUCUGGAACUCAAAGACAGCUACCCCAAAGCCCCACUGGUCAUGGGGAACACCACAGUGGGACCCAAUAUUAAAUUUAAAGGUGAAUUCUAUCCAGUUUUUAUAUGCCCACUUGGACUUCCAGAACUGCAUUUUGUGAACAGCACAAACAAUGGAGCAACAAUAGGAGCAGGAAGCAGCAUGGAACAGUUGAAAGAUACCUUGAAUUUUCUGGUUUCAGAGCACCCGAAGGAGAAGACCAAGAUUUAUCAUGCCCUGCUGAAGCAUCUGAGGACAUUUGCAGGGCCCCAGAUUAGGAACAUGGCUACUUUAGGAGGACAUGUGGCGAGCCAGCUUAAUUUUUCUGACCUCACCCCCAUUUUAUCAGCAGGAAAUGCUACCAUCAAUGUGAUAUCUAAAGAAGGAGAACGGCAGCUCCCUUUAAAUGGCCCUUUUUUCGAGGGGUCUCUUGAGGAGGCCAGCUUGAAGCCAGGAGAGGUGGUGCUGUCUGUUUUCAUUCCUUACUCCACCCAGUGGCAGUUUGUGUCAGGACUCCGCCUCGCCCAACGUCGGGAAAAUUCCGUUGCCAUUGUCAAUGCUGGCAUGAGUGUGGAGUUUGAAGAGGGAACAAACACGAUCAAGGAUCUUCGGAUGUUCUUCGGAAGUGUUGCCCCCACUGUGGUCUCUGCGAGACAAACCUGCACGCAGCUCAUCGGGAGGCAAUGGGACGACCAAAUGCUGAGUGACUCCUGCCGGUGGGUGCUGGAGGAGAUCCGCAUCCCACCAGCCGCUGAGGGUGGCAUGGUAGAGUACCGACGGACCCUCAUCAUCAGCUUGCUCUUCAAAUUCUACCUCAAAGUGCGGCGAUGGCUGAACGAAAUGGAUCCCCAGAAGUUUCCUGACAUCCCAGAAAAGUUCGUGAGUGCUCUGGAUGAUUUUCCCAUAGGAACACCCCAAGGAAUUCAGAUGUUUCAGUGUGUGGAUCCCAGCCAACCCCAGCAAGACCCAGUCGGGCACCCAGUCAUGCACCAGUCGGCCAUUAAACAUGCCACGGGGGAAGCUAUAUAUGUUGCCGACAUGCCUCCCAUUGACCAAGAACUUCUCCUUGUUGUAGUUACCAGUUCCAGGGCCCAUGCGAAGAUCACAUCUCUAGAUGUGUCAGAAGCCCUGAAGUGUCCAGGUGUGGUUGACGUUAUUACAGCCGAGGAUGUUCCAGGAGAUAAUAACCACAGUGGGGAAAUUUUCUUUGCACAGAGUGAGGUCAUUUGUGUGGGUCAGAUCAUCUGUGCUGUAGCUGCUGACACCUAUGCCCAUGCAAAGGAAGCAGCUAGACAAGUGAAGAUUGCUUAUGACGACAUCGACCCAACGAUUAUCACAAUAGAGCAAGCCCUAGAACACAAUUCUUUUCUUUCUCCUGAGAAAAAAAUUGAACAAGGAAAUGUAGAAAGUGCCUUCAAACAUGCGGAUCAAGUCAUUGAAGGUGAGGUCCACGUGGAAGGCCAGGAACAUUUUUACCUGGAAACGCAAAGUAUCCUGGCUAUCCCACAAACCGAAGACAAAGAAAUGGUGUUACACCUAGGGACACAGUUCCCAACGCAUGUGCAGGAAUAUGUGUCUGCAGCAUUAAAGGUCCCAAGGAGUAGAAUUGCCUGCCACAUGAAAAGAACUGGAGGAGCAUUUGGGGGCAAAGUGACCAAGCCCGCUCUACUGGGAGCUGUGGCUGCUGUGGCCGCCAACAAGACUGGCCGCCCAAUCCGCUUUGUCCUAGAGCGUGGUGAUGACAUGCUGAUAACUGCUGGCCGCCACCCACUCCUGGGAAAAUACAAAAUCGGGUUCAUGAAUAACGGGGAGAUCACGGCUGCUGAUGUGGAGUAUUAUAUCAAUGGAGGAUGCACUCCUGAUGAGUCGGAGUUGGUGAUAGAGUUUAUUGUGCUGAAAUCUGAAAAUGCGUAUUAUAUCCCAAAUUUCCGGUGCCGGGGAAGGGCUUGCAAAACAAAUUUGCCAUCUAACACAGCCUUCCGGGGAUUCGGCUUCCCUCAAGCUACGUUGGUAGUCGAAGCAUACAUAACCGCAGUGGCAUCUAAAUGCAACCUACUCCCUGAAGAGGUUAAAGAAAUAAACAUGUAUAAGACAACUAGCAAGACAGCCUAUAAACAGACAUUCGAUCCAGAGCCCUUGCGAAGAUGCUGGAAAGAAUGUCUAGAGAAGUCAUCGUUCUAUGCUAGGAAGCAAGCUGCAGAAAAAUUUAACAAAAAGAAUUACUGGAAGAAAAGGGGGCUUGCUGUCACCCCCAUGAAGUUUAGCAUCGGGAUGCCCACAACCUUCUACAACCAGGCAGCUGCUCUGGUCCACAUCUACAUAGAUGGCUCUGUUCUGCUGACUCAUGGUGGCUGUGAGCUGGGACAAGGCCUGCACACCAAAAUGAUUCAGGUGGCUAGUCGAGAACUCAACAUCCCACAGUCCUAUGUGCACCUGUCUGAAACUAGCACUGUCACCGUGCCCAAUGCUGUCUUCACUGCCGCCUCCAUGGGGACAGACAUCAACGGGAAGGCCGUACAGAAUGCCUGCCAAAUUCUUAUGGAACGUCUUAGUCCCAUCAUCGAGAAAAACCCUAAGGGAAAAUGGGAGGAAUGGGUUGCAAAGGCCUUUGAAGAAUCCAUCAGCCUCUCAGCCACUGGAUAUUUCAAAGGCUACCAGACAAACAUGGACUGGGAGAAGGAGGAAGGUGACGCUUACCCAUACUAUGUCUAUGGCGCAGCCUGUUCUGAGGUUGAAGUCGACUGCCUGACAGGGGCUCACAAGCUCCUGAGGACUGACAUCUUCAUGGAUGCUGCCUUCAGCAUAAACCCUGCUCUGGAUGUCGGCCAGGUUGAGGGAGCUUUUAUCCAAGGCAUGGGGUUCUACACCAUAGAGGAGCUGAAGUACUCCCCAAAAGGCGUGCUCUAUUCUCGGGGUCCAGAUAGCUACAAAAUCCCCACUGUCACUGAGAUACCCGAAGAGUUCUACGUCACACUGGUGCACUCUCGAAACCCCAUAGCCAUCUACUCAUCUAAGGGGCUGGGUGAGGCUGGAAUGUUCUUGGGGUCCUCAGUUUUGUUUGCCAUAUAUGACGCCGUGGCCGCUGCCCGCAAGGAGCGAGGGCUGAGUGACACCUUCCCCUUGAAUAGCCCAGCAACACCGGAAGUGAUUCGCAUGAGCUGUACAGAUCAGUUUACUGACAUGAUCCCCAGAGAUGACCCUUCAACAUUCACGCCUUGGUCCAUCCAUGUGUCUUAAUCUCAUGGGCAAGAGGAAAUGAACGAAUACACAGCCAAUUCACUAGCCUCAAAUCAGGGCAGCAUACAAGCUGAUUGAAUUUGCCAAGCAUGAUUUUUACUAGGUUUAGUUAUUCUCUGUGAUUAGGUUAUUGCAUGGUUACAUCUUAGGGUUCAGAUUUUCACCAAAUAGUGAAACAAAACUUAGAAUCAAAUUCUGAUUAACUUUCAUUAUCCUGGAAAUCUGCAUCAUGGUGGUUUUUAAAUCUGGUAACGUUCCAUUAACCUGGGGUAGCUUAGGAGAGUAUCCUCGUGUUUUGUCCCAAACAGCUUUGCUUGAAACCCAACAAAACUGUCCAACCCAAAACUCUCUGGAUUGGAGUCUCCCAAAACCAGCACACAUGAAAAACCUACUUUACAGUGCCUACCACUUCCUGUGGUAUAAACACUGUCACAAGGACAAACAGGAAGUCCUUGGAGAACCUGGAUGUGUAGCCAGAGAGAGAUGCCCACUCUGGGCUCCUGAGACCGGCUGAGAGCUAUGUCUGCACUCAGGUCCCCACGGACAGAGGCUCCUGCCUCCUGCAGCUGCUGUGGUUUGAAUACAGCUUGUUUCCAAAGGUGUGUGCCGAAGCUUGGUCCCUAGGGUGUGGGUAUCAACUGUAAGAUGUGGAACCUAGCAAGGAGUGAUUGGUGAGGGGAUGAGCACUGAUAAGGAGGAAUAGACUAGUUCCCACAGAACUGGCCCCUCCUCUUCUCUUGCUGUCCACCUGUCUAUAUGAGCCCUUGCACUUCUGCUCUAUGAUGCCAUCCACUACGACAGAGAGGAGGUCCUCACCAGAUGAGCAGUCAUGUGAUCUAGCCUCUAAGCUAUGAACCAAAUAAAACGCUUUUCUUUAUGAA